AUGAAGCGGGUGUGCGAGGCCAGUGAUGACAGAAUCACCAGCCUUCCCGCCGAUGUGAUACAUCACAUUCUGGCGUUCUUACCCAUCAAAGACGCAGCGAAAGCCAGUACAUUGUCGAGAAAAUGGAGGCAUCACUGGAGAAGCAUCCCUCGACUAGUUUUCGAUCAUGGGUUUGCUCGAAACCUAGAAGAGGAUGUCGGUGAGUCGAGCGCGAUGAAUAACCGGAUAAUGCUGAACAUCUGCACUGCCCUGCUUGUUCACGAUGGCCCAAUAACCAAGUUCGAGCUUUCGAUCCCUGGAUUAUGCGCCUGCCGUGAAAUCGACCACAUCAUUCUUCACCUUUCCAGUAAUGGUGUCCAGGACUUUACCCUUAUGUUCUACUGUCGUUACAUUGGCACCGCCGGUUAUCAGAUGCAUACUUCCUUGUUUUCUGCGCUUCACUUGAAGUCCUUGACGCUUCGAUCUUGUGCGUUUACGCCGCCGACUUGGUUCACUGGCUUCAGCAUGCUUACCAAUCUUCAGUUAAUAAAUGUCAUUUUACCCUCUGAUUUCUUCAAGGAGUUCCUUCCCAAGUGCCCGAUGUUGGAAUCUUUGAGGGCGAUAGAAUGUAGCGCCCCUGCCGGUAGGCUCGAGAUCGUGGCUCCAUUUCUUAAAUACUUCACCUUUGUGGGCUCUUUUCUGGAUGUCUGCUUCGAGUAUGCACCACUUCUGUCACAUGUCUCACUUGAUUUGGCUGAAAGCAACACGCCUGAUAUGGUAUCUUUAUUUGCUUCCCUUCCAGCACUCCAGCAGCUCCUUGUUAACUAUGACAUCCUGAAAGUAAGGAACUUCCCCACCAGGCUUCCUACCCCUAUCGAGGGGUUAAAAGUCCUAAAGACGAUCAGUAUCGUCUUUGAUGGUCUGGAGAUGGAGCGUGUUUUCGUGUGUUUAAUCAUGAGUUCCCCCAACUUGCAUAGCCUCACAGUUCAGAUGGAGAGUGGUGAACCAGAUUUGCCUGCUAAUGAUGAAGUUAGCAGCAUAAGGAGAUUGUUGGAAGCAGAGGACUCCCCUGGUUGCCUUAAGCAUCUCAUGGAGUUCAGAAUUGAUGAUACUUGUGGUUGUCAGGCUGAGCUGGACCUCUUGAGGUUCGUACUAGCCACUGCCCCGAUACUUCAGUCGAUUCACAUCACGACUUACUACAAAUUGGACACCAAGAAGGUCAUGAAACUGAUGAUGGAGGUGAUGCAUUAUAAGCGUGUCUCUAAAGAAGCCGAGCUCAUAUUCAACUGGAACGACGACGAGGAUUGA